AUUGAGUUUUCAUAUUCAAAUGUGAUCAUUUUUCAGUUUCUUCCGUUGAUUUCACACUUUUAGAUGGAGGAUCCAGUAAGUAUUAAGUGACUGUAACUCAGUAACUGGAAGGUAAAGCACUGAGGGCGUGGAGCUGCGUGUGGUUAUUGUUGUCAACAGCAUGUCGUGACACCUGGGAAGCUUCUCUCAGAGGAAGCUCGUGUGUUUGAGUGUCUGCUUGUUUAAAGUGAGAAUCCCCACAGUGCUGACAGAGAUCGUGCUCUGUGUUCUGUGAGUGAAGUGCAUGCUGCUCAGUGUGGUCAGAGAUGGAUCCCUCUGUCUACACGCCCGUCAACUGUUGGAUAGAAAACUCAGAAUUAAAACUGCUCUAAUGUACAAUGGAAACCUGGAAACAUAAAUAAAGGAUUUAAGUAAGAGUCUGAUAUUUUUGUGCCUUGCAGACAAAGAGAAACAAAGCAAGCCGUGCCUCUGCUAACUCUUUUGUUGGAUUGUAACACAAAGCAUGAUUCUUCAGUCGUGAGAUCGGUGGAAACGUUAUUUCAUCGUCUCCUCGCCCUGAGACGAGUUCUUCUUGUGUGGUUUGUUUUUAAGGAGUUUGAGCUGGAUGUGGUUGCCAUAGUGAACGACACAGUGGGGACGAUGAUGACUUGUGCGUAUGAGGAGCCCACUUGUGAGGUGGGACUGAUCGCAGGGACGGGCAGUAACGCCUGUUACAUGGAGGAGAUGAGGAACAUCGAGACAGUGGACGGAAAUGAGGGUCGCAUGUGCGUCAACAUGGAGUGGGGCGCUUUCGGAGACAACGGCUGUCUGGACGACAUCAGGACGCAGUACGACCAGGCCGUGGACGAGAACUCCCUCAACGAAGGCAAACAAAGGUACGAGAAGAUGUGCAGCGGCAUGUACCUGGGAGAGAUCGUCAGGCAGAUUUUGAUUGAUUUGACCAAGCGUGGCUUCCUCUUCCGGGGACAGAUCUCAGAGACGCUGAAGACGACGGGCAUCUUCGAGACAAAGUUCCUGUCGCAGAUAGAGAGCGAUCGUCUGGCGCUGCUGCAGGUCAGGGCGAUCCUGCAGCAGCUGGGGCUCGACAGCACCUGUGAUGACAGUAUUAUCGUCAAAGAGGUGUGUGGCACCGUGUCCCGCCGCGCGGCUCAGAUCUGUGGAGCCGGGAUGGCUGCCGUGGUGGACAAGAUCCGUGAGAACAGAGGACUGGACCACCUGGACAUCACCGUGGGCGUGGACGGCACGCUCUACAAGCUGCACCCACAUUUCUCACGGAUCUUCCAGCAGACGGUGAAGGAACUCGCCCCGAAAUGUGACGUCACCUUCCUGUUAUCCGAGGACGGCAGCGGCAAGGGGGCCGCCCUCAUCACCGCCGUGGGCUGCCACCAGAGAGAGCUGGAGGCGCAGCAGCACUGAGGAGCUCCGCCCACGUUUGUCCUUGAGAACUACCUGCUGCUCCACCGUGACCUUCACCCCCCCACCUCCCCCCUCGCACAGCCCAACUCCACCUACCCUUGGCAGCCGUGACUCCACCUCUGCCCCCCCCUGGCCCACCACCACCACCACCACAGCCAGAGAGACAUGCUGCAUGCGUAAGGAAGUAAAACUGAGUAUCUAAAUAUUUAUUUAUACAGCUCCAGAGGUUUUUAUUAUUUCCAUGUUUGUACAUUUUCCUCAAUAGCUUGUCCAUAAUCUGAUACAUUUAAAAACUCCUUAACUGUGCAAUAUUUGUGUAUUGCUAAUUUUAUUUUUAUAUGGAGGCAAAUAUAUAAUUGUAUUUAUAUAACUGAGGCCACUUUGAAUCCCAGAGUUCAUUAGGGUUUUGCAACAUAGACACAAGAAAAAUGUCUGCACUUUUUAUAUGAGGGUGACAACAGCAGCAUUUUGAUGUAACUUCAGAACGAAGGACGUCCUUCUCCCUGAAUGAUGAAACUCCGCUGGUGCAGAAAACCGGCUCCAAACACAAGGGCUCGCUGCAAAGGGUUGAAUGCAAGAGUCACGGCUGUUAAAACCAUCCUCAUUCUGCGACAUGCUCACAAUACGUGCUAAGCUACUAACCCCUCUUUGUGUAACUGUCAGUGUAACUCACGUAUUAACGUAUUCCAGCUGCACCGUUCCAUUUAUUCCUCAAGUACCGAGAAAAAGUCCCGGCGAAAGAAAGUGAUAGCGUAUCCUGUUGCUAUUUGUGAAGUACUAUACUUUUGGUGUUGUGAUGAAUCCACACUUCUACUCAUCGUUUGUGCAAAGAAUAAAUGUAUAUUGGGCCAAGAGAAAACGAGUGGACACUACGAGCGCUUCUGUGUGUAUUUGUGGCUGAGUGUCAGUGUGUCUCCUGUGACGACCUGUAGCUUUCAAUGUCCAAAGCUCUGUCAAGACUGCAUGCCUUACAUUAAGACGAACGGAGAGUGCUGAGAUAUUUCCUCUUCUUAUUUUAUUUUUUACAUCAAUAUAGAUUUGUGAACAACACGGUGAAAAGUGAAUUCAUUAAAUUAUAUUUUGUC